AUGGCAUCGGAGCUUGAUCGAAUUGACCGGAAAGCUCGAACCCAACUACCGCCACUCCGUCUCCGGCUUACUCAUGCAAUCCUACUCCGAGGUUCGCUUAGGGUGUUUCGGCAUUCGUACCACAUCGAAGGAAACCCGUGUCAAACCCAUAUGAAUCGGGUGGUUAAUGGCACAUACCAGGCCCCGGUAACAAAGGAAGGAAUCUCAGCCCUGGAUUUUGACAACAAGGGGAUAUACUUGGCAUCCGUGACAAAAUCAGGGUGCUUAACAGUUCAUGAUUUUGAAACUCUUUAUUGCCAGAGUAACGAACCAUUCUUAUGCUUGGAAGAAGAUGAAGCAAAACAUGUGCUGCACCUUUCUUUACCUCAACAACUAGACUUUGUCCGGUGGAAUCGUGCCAACCAAGAUGAGGUUGUUUGCACAUCUUUGAAGAGGAAUGAAGUACUUGUAUUUGACAUUAGUUAUAUCUCUUCUACACCAUCUGAAGUUUUAAGAACAAAACCCCGUCCUGCUAUCCUUGGGUCUAAUAUUCAGAGAGGUCUUUCUGAUAUUGCCUUUACCUCUUGCGAAAACUCAAGGGUACUCGCUUCUGAUACGGAUGGUGUUAUCCAUAUAUGGGACAGGCGAACUAGUACCCUUCCUUAUCUUGAACUUACAGCGAAUUUCCGUGGAAGCCUUAAUAGUAUCCAAUUAAAUGUGGAAGAUCAGAUCAUUUUUGGAGCUGGAAAGCAUGGGGUUAUCUAUGCUUGGGAUCUUCGUGGUGGAAGGACAUCUUCUUUCUUCAAGGGUUCUAAAGAGGUAUCUCGUCCACCUCUCACCUCUCUAAAGUUAUCUUCAAUGUUGGAAAAGAUUGGGCCUCUGAAGGAACAAUCAGCCAUUGUUUCUAAGGAAAUACACUCCAUUAAUCUUGAUCCUUGUUGCCCACACCAAUUGGCAUUCCAUCUUGAUGACGGUUGGUCAGGAGUGCUGGAUGUUCAUAAUCUCGAUGUUACACAUAUUCAUUGUCCUCCACCAGCUUGGUUAAAUGAUUCUGUUGGGUCAGAUCUAUCAUUUUUGAGGAAACCUUCAUGGCUACCUACAAACUCUAUAUAUGUGGUUGGAUCAUCAACUGACAGCGGCAUUCAUAUUUUGGAUUUCUAUCCAGAUUCAAGCUCUCCUAGCCAUGUGGAUUACAAUGAGGAUGCAUCUGGGGUAAAGGAUCAACAUAUGCGAAACAGGUUUAUUAAACUGUCUGAAGGAGUUACUGCAUGUGCAGUUCAUCCCCUCAAUAGUACAAUCAUCGCCGGAACUAAGAUGUGUUGGCCUCAGUCAUCUGAGUGA